CAGGGUCACGAUAGGAGACACGUCCUGUUUCUGGGGAAGACCCUUAGUGUUGACUGAGUAAUUGCGCGCAUCAUCGCGUAAAACGGUUGACGCAAUUUGUGUAUUUCUCCUUUCCAGAUGCGAUAACCCCGGAACACGCGUGUGAUCUUAUCUCUGCAAAAAUGUUCAAUAAAAACAGGCUCCUCUAUCACAGAGUCUGAGGAGCUGUGGAACGGGAGGAUAUGAUUUUCAUCACACUUCACAAAUGGCUCGAGUGAGUGGCGUGGGAUUAAAAGCGGCAAUCUGAAGAAUUGAUGGAAUGUUAUUCGGAGACCUCUGUUGGUUACGAACGUCCUACACUCAUUGAGAAACAUGAGGUUGGAAAGAUGAACAUGUCUGAGGAGCAAAUCAACUGCACUAUAAGCCACGAGAUUCACCAGUACCUGUUUUCAGGUGCGUACAUCCUAGUCCUGCUAGUGGGUCUUCCCGCCAAUGCUUACUCGCUCUACCAUGCCUGGCUGCAACUAAAAGCCCGCAAUGAGCUGGGGGUCUACUUGUUGAACCUGACCAUAUCGGAUCUGCUGUACCUGGCCUCCUUGCCCCUCUGGCUCCAGUAUAUUUUCCAGGGGGACGACUGGAGCGGCUCGGAGUGGCUCUGUCAGCUGUGUGGUUUCCUGCUCUACGAGAACAUCUAUGUCAGCAUUGGUUUUCUGUGUUGUAUCUCCAUUGACCGCUACCUUGCAGUGGUCUACCCCUUCCGCUUCUCCGCUUUCAGGACGGUACGAGCAGCAGCACUGGUCAGUACGGUGGUCUGGCUCAAAGAGCUUGCCGUAGGAGUGGUGUUUUUCCGGCAUAAGGAGCUCAGCAAGGACAAGCAUAACCAAUCUGUGUGCUUUGAGCACUAUCCCAUGAAGACAUGGGAGUACCCCAUAAACUACUACCGUUUUUACAUAGGCUUCCUGUUCCCUUUAGGAAUCCUCUCAGUGUCGUACUUUCGAGUCCUCCGAGCAGUGGGCAAGAGUGCAGGCACGCAGACCGCCCAGAAAACGCGCAUCAAGUACCUGGUGACCAGCACCAUUGUCAUCUUCCUGGUGUGCUUCUCGCCGUACCACGUCUUCCUGCUGGUGCGCACUGUAUUUGAGCGGGACUGCGCUUUCAUUGAGAACAUUUUCAAUUACUACCAUUUCUCUCUGUUGCUUACUAGCUUUAACUGCGUGGCGGACCCAGCGCUCUACUGUUUUAUCAGUGAAAAUGCACAAAAGGGCAUCCAGAAGGCUCAGGAUGCUUGUACUCGGGUCUUCUGCUGCUGCUCAAAAAGUCAUGGAAGGUUCAGCACGCACUCCACUGAGCUGGCAGUCACCAAUGAUAAUGUAACAGGCACGUCAGUGGUGACACUCUUGCAGCAGAUCAAAACUGAAGUUUGAACUU